AUGCAGCAGGCUUCGGGUUUCAAGGAUCAUGUGUGUCGCCUCAACUGUGCCAUCUAUGGCCUCUGCCAAGCUCCUCGGGCGUGGUACACCGAUCUUAGCAACUUUCUCCUUGAGUUUGUGUUCAGGAAGACUCUUUCAGAUUCUGCACUGUUUGUCUACAAUCGGAAUGGUAUGCUGCUCUAUUUUCUUGUCUAUGCAGAUGACUUGCUGCUCACCGGGAACAAUGAUCAACUACUAUAUGUCUUUCGGGCGGCUUUGUCCAAUUGGUUCUCCUUGAAGUCCUUGGGUGAUGUUCAUUACUUUCUAUGGAUUAAAUUUAUUCCCACUGACUCUAGCUACCUGCUCUCCCAACAUAAGUAUAUGAAGGAUGUACUUCAACGAUUUAAUAUGCUAGAUGAUGCCUCUGCUCCAACUCCUAUGGCGUCUAUGACUGCUCUUUCCCUCUCCACACAGCCUGAUAUAGCCUUAUCAGUUAACAAGCUGUCGCCAUUCACUCAUUCUCCUAAGGCUUCUCACUUGCACUGCGUCAAGCGAUUACUCCGCUAUGUUGCUGGUACACUCAAUCAUGGUCUCGCCAUCUACCGUCCAUCCCAGCCGCUCACUCUCUGA